ACAUGACCCUUCCUCAUAAUAUUCCUGCGUUCAGUCGGUUCAGCUGGGUUCACCUUUAUUUCGUGACCCGUGCAUUUUCGCCCACGAGAAACAUCUGUAAGACUGUAUUUUUGUGGAAUAACGAGGAAAUGAUAUAUUUAGAUACCCCCAGGUAUUAUAGAGAACGUCAUGCGUCACGCCGGUGUGCAAUUAAGCUACCACAUUGUGUUGUACGGUUGAUUUAAAUUGUAACGAUUGACCUAAAACUUUUGGGGUUACCCUAAUUCAGUUUGUUGUGAAUGACGUCUUCUAUUACGUAACACGGAUUAUCAUGCCGAUCCCGCUGAGAGCGCGCGUCUUUCUGCAUGUCGUCUGCUUCCAAUAUAAUGCGCUAUGCUCGGGCGAAAUGACUAUUCAUCUACCUGCAUUUCGAGCGACCGGAGCACAAAUCUACUUAUAGUAAAACAACUUAUUCCUCAAAUUUCAGACCAUUUCAAGACGAGUGAUCACUCAACCCUUCCCCCGACUGACAAACAUCAAACUAAGGAGAUAACACAAAUGCCACAAUGAAUAGAAUUUCCUGAUGCCUGACAUUUUGGUAAAAAUCUGUCUAGAAAUUUAUAGAUUGGAUGAUUUGCAUCGAAGAAUGACACAAAGUAAACGCUUGGUGCCACUCAUAACACAAUAGUAAUCCUUUUUACAAAGCAUUAACUGAAAAAGACUCCACCAGCUUUGAAAUACUUCUGUAUUCUCACUUAUAAAAAACGGAAUCUGUAAAGAGACAUUUGGGGGAGCGUACAAGAGUAAUUUGACUUGCUGAAACUUAUAGAACACAGAUAAAAUUGGACUUCAUUUGCCUAUAUUUUUUAUACUAGACACUCCAAUUCAGUCCAUAAGAUGUGACUGAGCGCAUUUUCGUUGCAGUUUCAAUACAUGUACAUGGAAUUCAAUUGGCAAUCUAGCAUUUUUGAGGACUUUAUAAUGAUCCACUAGUAUUUUGAAGACAUUUACUUUUGAAAGCCGUUUGGCUUGUUCGACAAGGGCCUUAGAAGUAAACGUAGGAAGUAUCUCUUUCCUAUUUCAUGAUUAAGGAAGAUUACUGUCGUGAUCUCUGCCAGACAUUUUUCAAAGUUCAUAACUUAUCAAGCCUUGGCUGCCCCUGAAGCAAUUGGACUGGAGGACAGUGAGCUGAAGAAUUUGCGGUAGUGGGAAACAAUUGGUGUUCAAAAGUAGGAGUUAUCGGAGAUUCAUUUUGUGCUUUCUCUGUAUGGAUCACGAAGAAUCAAGGUUAUAGUGCCUACUUUCUGCACGGAUCGCAAAGAUUAAAAGUUGGGCUGAUAUGUCGUCCCCGAAGCAUUCACCGGUAAGGGCAGCCCUGUCAAUGCAGCUGAAAGCCCACCCAAACCUGUAUUCGAAGACGGAGGAAAGCUGGAACGCUGGUCGGAUGGAGGAGGACGCUUUCAUGCAGGAGAGAGGUUCAAACCACAGAGACACUCAUCAUGUACAGUCUACAGACUCCAAGAUUUGCUGUAUGUCAAGAAAGUCUUUAUGGAUAAUCGGUGCUGCAGCUUGUGUGUUUCUUGCCAUUGCUUUGGGCUUUCUCAUCGGCUUCUUCACCCACUAUGCAGUUUCCAAAUCUUCAGUUACCAUGACAACAGCAAAGAGGAAAGAGAUGCACCGACAGGCUGUGGGAAGUGUUACACAGAGCAGUAUAGGAGAGUAUGAAAGGAUGCAUGCGGGUCAGCAGUGUCAGAUAGGAAGUUCUUCUUGCCCUGGCAACCUGACCCAAACCCUUGCCUCUCAGCUGUCCUCCAUGGGCUUCAAGGUUUCCACAUCCAUGUACAACGUCCUGGUCUCCUACCCGGACAUGACCCGGAUGAGCAGCAUCCGCUCCAUAGACCCUCAAGGGAACACACUCCAGAUGGUGCAGCUCUACGGGGGUGAGGAGGAUGCUGGGCCAAACUACAACAUCGCCCCAGCAAGGAGUCCUGCGCAGUUCUCCUCCGGCAGCGGACAAGUGUCCGUAGGUCACCAGGUGCCUUUGGGCUCUGCAGAUACUGUCCUUGUAGGCACCAAUGGGGAUUCAAUGGUGCUGACCAACGGAGGAUCGCAAGCCAUGCCCGUAUACACACCUUAUACUGCUUCUGGUACAGCCCAGGGUGAUCUUGUGUAUGUGAACUUCGGAAGAGAAGCAGACUUUCAAACUCUGAGAGAUCUUGGUGUGGAGGUAUCAGGAAAGAUUGGACUUGCACGACAGGGGCAGGGCAGUGCUGUUGAUCAGGCCAAAGUUGCUGUAAGUCAUGGGAUUUCUGGACUUCUUCUCUACCCUGACCCCAAUGACAUGACCUCUGACAUGCCAAUGACCUCUGUGAUGACCCCUGAUAUGUCUGGUAUGAACGGCGACCCUUUGACCCCGGGAUGCCCAGCAAGAGAUGGAAUUUUCAGAACUUCCAUGAACUCUGUCGACCUUCCCAGCAUUCCGAUACAGCCUGUUUCCAUGGCAACAGCAGCCAUGUUGUUAACUAAUCUGACCGGAAUAGCUGCUGAGGGGGACUGGGUCGGCGGUCUCAACGUGAGCUAUCAGAUAGGUCUAACGGGAGAAACCAGACAGCCAUGGUUCGUAGAGCUGGACAUUCAUAAUGACGUCAUCCAAAAGCCGGUCUAUGAUGUCGUAGGAACAAUACAGGGCUCAGAGUAUCCAGAUGAAUAUGUCUUGCUUGGAGGUCACUACUCCAGUAUGAUGACCUCCAUGGUGACCGCGGGGUCGUCGUCGGCGGUGAUGGAGUCAGCUCGGGUCAUCAGCGAGAUGAUGGAGAGUGGGUGGAUGCCUAGACGUACCAUUGUGGUUGGUCUGUGGGAAGGGUCAGAGUUCGGCCAGGUGGGAUCUACGGAAUGGGUGGAGGAUAACAGAGUCAUUUUGAGGGACAGGGCUGUGGCUUAUAUUGAUCUAGCUGGAGGUGGUACUGGUACCAUACUCAACACACAGUCAUCACCCAUGCUCAGGGGAGUUCUCAUGGAGUCUGCCGAAAAGAUUGGUAUAUCAUCGAUGGUGAACCUAGAUGCUUUGAGAGGAGUGGGGGACUAUGUACCUUUCUCUCACUCUGUUGGCAUUCCUUCAGCUAGUAUUGAGAUUAUGAGUAGUCAUGACAUCAACAUUGAAAUGCUACCUACCGAUGACGGUACUAUCAUGGGUGUGUCAUCGGCCCAGCUUGGCACCCAAGUCAUUCUCUCAUUGGCUGAUGAUGACGUGUUAAAUCUAGACGCCGGUGCUAUGGCGGACACUGUGAUGACCUACGUGGACAACAUUGAUACUGUGCUCAGCAGCACUAUGUCUCCUGAUGAGCCAUUGUUUGCGGAAGGCGCAAUAACUAUGCUGAGAUCUGCCGCCACAGAUUACAUGACGGCUGUCCAAGGCUUGCAGGAUGCUAUUGGAUCAGAUUCAAUUGUUGACUCGCCAAUUACCAUGACGAUGGUAAACAGUCGUUUGAUGACCAUGGAACGUUCAUUCAUUGACGAUACAAUAGGAGGGUCCAUGGGGAGUGUUCUUUAUGGAAUGUCAGGUACAGACACCCUCUCAACAGUUUCGCAGAUGAUGCUGAAUGAAACAGGUACUGUUUCCAUAGAGAUGGUUCACCAAACCUUGUCCAGGCUUCAAUGUACAAUACAAUCAGCUACACAGUCUGUUGGCAUGUCACUGUCAUGACACAGUUUAACUUGAGGAUUCCUCAAAGACUUCCAAGGAUUCUCUCCUGGUGAUCCAAGUGCCUUUGCAGCUGUAGGUACCUAUUUUACAUUAACAGUUCAAGUAUUAAAGACAUUGCCAGAGAUUCAAAUUCAAUGAAUUUGUAUUUGUAAUACGGCUAAAUUUGGGAAAUCCGAAGGGAUUUCAAGAUUAUUUAUAGUCAUCUGAAGGUGUGAAUAGGCCUACAUCUUCAAAUAACUUAAACUUGUAAUUAUGUGGAGAGUGAAGAACAGGCUGAACCAAAUUUGGCUCUAAAUGUGAAGAAUUUAUUUUUUUGUCAUUAGCUUGAGAAAAGGAAAUAGGCCUAGAUGCAGAAAAAAAAGAAUGAACAAGUGUUUGAUACACAUCUUACUGGGGAGCAUGCUGAGUGAUAUAAUCGAUUGGAAUAUAAACACAUAUUUUCAAAAUGACUGAUGUCAGUGGCAGGAUGUAAACCAAUGCCAUCAAAAUGACUGAUUGCAGCAGUGGGAUAUGACCCCAUGUCAUCAAAAUGACUGAUGGCAGAAGUGGGAUAUGAACCAUUGCCAUCAAAAUGACUGGUGGCAGCAGUGGGAUAUGAACCAAUGCCCUCAAAAUGACUAGUAGCAGCAGUGGGAUGUGAAUCAAUGCCAUCAAAAUGACUGGUGGCAGCAGUGGGAUAUUAACCAAUUCCAUCAAAAUGACUGGUGGCAGCAAUGGGAUAUGAAACAAUGCCAUCAAAAUAACUGAUUGCAGUGGUGUAAUAUGAACCCACGCUAUGAACAUGACUGGUGUCAGUAGUGGGAUGUAAACAAAUGCCAUCAAAAUGACUUGAUGGCUAAAGUACCAAAAGCACAGGAAUGCAUGGGUGUAUCAGACCUUUCUUUCUCAGUACACCUUACCAAAAGAAGAAGAAGGAAAUAACUUAUUUAAAAUAUGACCGCUAGUCUAGACUGGACCAAGAUGUCUGCGAUAAAACAUUUGAACAUAGUACAACAUUUUUAUUUUCCAAAUAUGAAGCAAUGAACAUAAAAAAAAACUGCAGACGAUCAGUGAUGGCCAUAGUCAUUCUAAAAGUUUUUAGUAAGUCAACAUAGAGAUUCCAAUUUGUUACUUUUUUAUAGGUAUGCAAAUCUGGUAAUUCAUAUUGAAUAUGAUAAUGGAAUUAAACAGAUGUGCAUCUGUACUUUCAUAAAUUUACAUUCCUUACUUUAUUUCUAAAAUGUCUUUUUUAAUUCAUCUUAUUUGUAUUUCAUAGUGCUGGGUAUGAUGAUUGGCUUUCAAAAUGUAAAUAUUUGUGUAUUUUAAAUCCAUUAUAACUGCGCAGAUAACAAAUAUCCUCUUGACAUGGUGACCUUUUCCAUUAAGUAGUUUUGGUUUCGCAUUCAUCUUUACAGAUUUUAUAUGACAUUUCUCAUUGCUUUGUUUUGUGACAAUUGACCUAUCUUCUUCUAUUGUAAAACAAAAUUUUAUCAUGCAUUGCAUAUAGCCUUGGGCAUUAAGAAUCACAUUGAAUUCUAGUAUCAUUGUAUGUUGUAAAAUAUAGAUUUUUUAUCUAAAGAUAUUAUUAUUGUUUUAAUUUGAAUAUCAUGUAAAUACUUAUUUAUUUUGACAAUCUUUUAUAUUAUGGCAUGCCUCUUUUAAUAUCAUUAUUAUGUAAAAUUUUGCUUAUGAGGAUGAAGAUUCUUCUUACCUAAUUAUUGACUUUAAAAAAUGAUGACUGAUGACUCUCGUCUUGCAUUAGUUCUUGUACUUUUAUUGACUAGAAUUUGCUGCUGGUUUUUCAUAACAAAAAACUGCUACCUGACAUUCAUUGAUAAGAAAUAACAAGAUCUAAAGCAAGACCGGAGUGUAUUGGGGUUGGAUACGAAGUACAUCUCAAACAUUUAAUAAUUGUACAGUAUUUAUUAUUGUUGAAAAAUACUUUUAUAUUUUGGUUUUAUCAGUCAUUCUUAUCUUAUUUAGUAUGUAUUACAUAAUUGGAAUUAAAAUGAAAAUUUGCAUGCAUUGGCUGCAUAUGUCCAAAAUGA